AUGAGUCUCCACGAGAAAGUGCUUCGCGACUUAUAUGGUGAUGAACUGAGCUACGAAUACCACCAAGACUACCACGGCGACGAAUCCCAGUGGCGGAAAUAUUUGAAUAUCGGAAUACCUAUAAUAAUCCUUAUCGGCGCUAUCAUAUACAGCACACUCUAUAGCUUGGACUACAACCUUCUGUCUCUGCCGGAACUGUUCUGGAACUGGAUUAUCCACUUUACACCUUCGAGGCUCGUCGAUAUCAUUGACAAAGAGACUCGAGCAAAUACGGCCGGCGGAAACCCUCGACGUGUCCCCAGGACCCAUGCGGCAAAGAGGGAAAUCAUGCGACGAGCCAUGGGAUUAGACGGACAGAACAGAAUACUUGGGACGGUGGGGACGGUGGCGCAAGCUGGACGACGAAGGCUCUCGAGCCUAUCCGCGAUAAACUUAGUCGCACAAGGGCAGGGGGGGAUUCCGGCGGGCCUGGGGAACUGGGAUAAUUCUUGCUACCAGAAUAGCGUUCUCCAAGGGCUGGCGUCGCUGGAUUCGUUCUCGAAUUACCUCAAUGGACCCGGUUCCCAAAAGGACCAAACCAAGGAUGAUUCAGAGAUGAAAAUGGCAGACUCGUUACGCGACCUCAUCGCCCGACUAAAAGAUCCCUCGAAUAAUGGAAAGCGGAUAUGGACGCCAGCAGCUCUAAAGUCGAUGAGCAGCUGGCAACAACAAGACGCGCAGGAGUACUUCUCCAAGGUCCUUGAUGAGAUUGACAAAGAGAUAGAGAAGGCUAUGGGACAGAUCAGCAACUCUCCUGGGCUGACGACCAGAGACCAGGCAGAACCCGUGGCAAAAGAGAAGAAAUCUUCACCCUCUGAAUUAAUGCCAACCUCAACCGUCAGGAAUCCCUUAGAAGGCCUUCUCGCUCAACGGGUCGGCUGUACUCGCUGUGGUUAUUCGGAAGGCCUAUCUAUGAUCCCCUUUAACUGUCUUACGGUGCCGUUGGGCAAGUCCUGGAGCUACGACAUAUCUCAAUGCCUGGACGAGUACACGGACCUGGAGUCGAUAGAAGGUGUUCAGUGCGGAAAGUGCACACUUCUGAGGACAGAACGGUUGUUGAAAAUUCUCGCGGAUAAGGAACAGGAUUUGUCCACAAACAACGCAGGGCACCAGUCGGUAUUGGAACGGUUAAGGGUUGUGGAAGAGGUACUCGAAGAUGAUGACUACGAGGAUAAGACGUUGACGCAAAAGUGCAAAAUCCCGCCUAAGAACCGUAUGACUACGACAAAGUCGCGGCAAGCUGUUAUUGCCAGACCGCCAAAGUCACUAGUUAUCCACGUCAAUCGCAGCAUGUUUGACGAGAUGACUGGAGAACUGAAGAAGAACUACGCCGAGGUCAAGUUCCAGAACAGGCUGGAUCUUGGGCCCUGGUGUCUUGGGAGCAGUGGCAAAGCGCCAGAUGACAGUGUCGAAGAAUGGCUUCUUGACCCGACUGAGUCAAUGAUUGCCAGUCAGCGCAGGCGUUCUAGGAUCCGUGGUCCUAGUUAUGAGCUGCGCGCUGUCGUUACGCACUACGGCCGUCAUGAAAAUGGCCACUAUAUUGCGUAUAGAAAGCACCCAGCCGCAGAAGAGGCGGAGGAAGAGGCUGUUGAAGUACUUGAAAAGGAGAAGACCCCGAGGAGAAGCCAGUGGUGGCGACUCAGUGACGACGACGUUUCGCAAGUAAGUGAAGAUAAUGUCCUCAACCAAGGUGGUGUCUUCAUGCUCUUCUACGAUCUUGUCGAGGCGUCAUCAUUGGUGGUAGCAAAAUCUGACUCCUCGCCUACUGUUGAAGAAGCUACUCAACCUUCUGAAUUCAUGCCCUUCAUAAACUCACAGCAUCCCGAAUUCCUUGCCAAGGGCACUACCAGCAACCAAGCAGUGACGGAGGAUUCCUCAGCAACAGCUGCGCAGCCUGGCAACCAAGUAGUGGCCGAGAGCGCUCCGGAAUCAAUCGCGCUAUCAGACGACCAGGUAGUGGCCGAGAAUGCACCGGAAAUAGUCGCACAGUCAGACAAUGAAGUUGCUGCUGACGACGAAAAGGCCUCAGAAAAGGCUUCAGAUGAUGCUUCCGGAGAAGCAUCGGAAGUGGAAGCUGACGAAAUAGCGGAUUAUGAGCUGGUUGAGCCUAUACAUAUCAAGCCGUAUGUAAGGCAAGCGGGACGACAGCACGAGGGUAGGAGGAAAUCCAGUGUACAUGGCUCAUCGGGGGGCAUGGUUAUGGUUUAG